GGAAAAACUCGAUGCAUCCAGCUGAAAACUGGUUGACUGGCCUUGGUCUAAUCCACAUUUCAGAACCUCCAGCCAGCCAGCCAGCCGGCCAAACAGAGAGCAACAGGCAGCAGAUUCUGUCUCGGAUCUCAGCUUCCAAGUUUCCAAACUUGAUACUCGAUUGUUUGGCCUACGUUUCAGCCAUGGCUGCUGGCCAGAACGAAUAUCUCGGAGCUGCAUUUGUGCAACUUGACUUUGCAGUCACAACGUUUUGGACCGCCGCACACCAAACAAGUGCCGUUCAAGUGCGGACUCCCAAGAUCAAUGUGUCGGCGUCAUGAGUUUCAACAAUGAUAUAAUCAUCACCGCCAUGGACCGAUUCGUCUGGUUUGUCCUCCUGGUGGUCAUGUCCCACCUGGUCACCGAGUUCACCCGCGUCUCCGGAUACGCGCGCGGCCAGCGUCACGAGCUGGUGCUGCUGAACGAUACUCUGCUGCAGCCGAUGCCCGUCCAGAACAUGGUGCUGUACCCCGGCCAGGACUACGGCCAGUACCAGCAGCAUCCCUCCCCUUCCUCCUCCUCAUCAGCAUCUUCUGCCUCCGCGGGAACCAUGAGCAGCCUGCAGCAGAAUGCGGCCAUGCUGCUGAGCAGCUGGGCAGCGGGAGUGAGUACGGGAAAUGGAGCAUCUGGAGCUGGAACAGCGGUACCCGGGAGCAAUGCGGCCAUUCUGUCCCUCGGCGAUAGCCAACCUGCCCAUACGGCUGAGAGCACCUACCCUAUGUUCAGCCUGCGACCCCUGAUAGAUAGCAUAUUCGAGAUUCCGAUUUCGACGCUACGCGCUGUCAACAAUUUAGUGGGUCGACUGACCGGAGGAUAUCGCCAGGCCCCGACGGAGCUCUCGCAAAAAUCCGUGGCAGCGGGAACGGCCCUGCCAUCCGGCAGAUCAAGUCCGACUAUAAAUGUCCAUCCCAGUGGCCAACAGAUGCGCGAGGAGAUGGCGUAAUUCGGGCCCCCUUUUAGUCAGUAGUUGAGCGUGAAUGUUGUAAUUUCUGUCAGUGUAUGUUGAGAGUGUGUUCUUCGUGUGCAUUUUGACCUUUGUGAUAUAUGUGACCUUGCUGUAAGCCUAGUUUAAGGAUAUUUAUGUCCAUCUAAAAGAAGACCCCAAAAGAAACUAAGAUUUUAGAAUAAAUGUAAUUCCUAUAAAAAA